AUGUCAACCACUGAAGACACCAAAAACACAUCUACUGCCUCUGUCAUAUCCUCCAUCAUCUUCAAUGGAGUAUUGCUAGGUGCUUUCACACUAGCCUUUCUACUCUUGAGAAUCAAGUUCAAGAGAAUCUACCAGCCCAAAUCUGCCUACGAUUUGGUCGAUAAAUCAAAGAAACCAGAGCCCUUGCCUCCUGGCGUAUACCAAUGGCUAAUCAUCCUACUAAAAAAGAAGAACAACUUCAUAAUAAGACAGGCAGGCAUCGAUGGCUACUUCUUUCUACGAUACUUGUUCUUCAUAUCUGCUUUUUGUCUAGCUGGAAUGAUCUUGGUUUAUCCAAUCAUAAUCCCAAUCAACAUCACUGGCGGUAAUGGCAACGAAGGCCUAGAUAGACUAAGUUUUUCCAACAUCAACUCUGACAACAACAACUCAUCAAAGUACUACGCCCACAUUGUCUGUUCGUGGAUAUUCAAUGGCUUUCUAUUAUUUGUCAUCUACAGAGAACUAAUUUACUACACAAAUCUAAGAGCUGUAAUCCUAUCAACUCCAAACUACGCUACAAGACUACCAUCAAGAGUCGUCUUAUUCCAAUCAGUUCCCAAACAAUACCUCAAUGAAGACGAAUUCAAAAAACUAUUCACUGGCAUUAGAAAGGUCUGGAUAACAAGAGCUGACCACGAACUAGGUGAUAAGGUCGAAGAAAGAGAUUCCUUAGCACGCAAUUUGGAAUCUGCCUUGAACAAAUUGCUAAAAUCUGCCGUCAAAACUAAAAUCAAAGCUGAUAAAAAAAACACUGUCCUACAACCAAUAGACGAAAUUGUAACCUAUGUUCCUCAGAAUAAGAGACCAACUCAUAAAUUAUUUCCCAUUUUUGGCAAAUCUGUCGACACAAUCAACUAUGCUAAAGUUCAAUUGAAAAAAUUGAACCAAGAAAUCAUAGAUCUACAACUAAACCAUCAAAAUGCUAAACCAAUGAACUCAGUUUUUGUUGAAUUCGAAAAUCAAUAUCUAGCUCAAUUAGCUUAUCAAUCUGUUGCCCACCACACUCCCUUAUCCCUAGGUCCUUGCUACAUUGGAAUCUCUCCAGAUGAUAUCUACUGGAGAAACAUGAGAAUGUUCUGGUAUGAAAGAUUAGUUAGAUCUCUUGCUGCCGCCGCUGCCAUUAUAGCAGUCAUUGUUUUAUGGGCUUUUCCUGUCGCCUUCGUUGGUAUGAUAUCAAAUAUAACCUCUUUAACAAACAAACUAACCUGGCUAAGAUGGAUCUACGAUCUACCAGAUGUUCUAUUAGGCCUAAUCACUUCUUUAUUACCAACCAUCAUGUUAGCUCUUUUAAUGUUAUUACUACCCUUUUUCAUUAGAUUCAUGGCAAAAAUAUCUGGCUCUCCAACUAUUCAACACAUUGAAUAUUACACUCAGCAAUCCUUUUUCGGUUUUCAAGUCAUUCAAGUUUUCCUUGUCACAACCAUUUCUUCCUCUGCAACUGCCGUUGUAACUAAAAUUAUCGACAACCCCACAAGUUCAAUGAGUUUAUUGGCAGAAAAUUUACCAAAAUCCUCAAAUUUUUACAUCAGUUAUGUGGUUUUACAAGGCUUUACCAUUUCCGGUGCAUUAUUACUAAAUUAUAAAGGUCUUUUAUUCUUUUACGCUUUUAGUUUUCUAUUCGAUAGCAGUGUUAGAGAUAAAUGGACCAGAUUCAAUUCUCUUGAAAUAGUAGAAUGGGGCACAACUUUUCCAAUUUAUACAAAUUUAGCUGUCAUUAUUAUGGCCUAUUCCAUCAUUUCUCCAAUAAUCCUAUUAUUUGGCUUUUUUGGUUUUGGCUUGCUAUACAUCGCCUAUUUGCACAGUUUAUGUUAUGUUCAAGGUGAAGGACCUGACUCCAGAGGCAUGCACUAUCCAAGAGCUUUAUACCAAACUUUGGUUGGUGUCUAUUUAGGUCAAGUUUGUCUCUUGGGUUUAUUCGCUGUUGGUGGUGCCUGGGGCCCAAUUAUUCUUCAAGCCAUUUGUAUCGGUGUCACUGCUUUUAUUCACUCCAUUUUUAACAGAGCCUUUGACCAUUUAAAUACUGUUGUCCCCGUUGAUACGAUGAGACCCUUGGAUGGUGUUUCCGACACUCCAUCUUUUUCAUUUCAUCCAAAAUCACCAAAUCAUUCUCAUGAACAAGAAAAACCCACCAUUGAAAAAGUUGAAGGCACUGCUUUUGAUAAAGAAAUUUCUGAUGCAAACAAUAACUCCUCUAUUGUCGAUCUCUCCGUCAUAAAAUCACACGAAAUAGAUGAUACUGCAAGAGUUCCUCUAUUAGCUGAUGGUGAUGAUGAGGAGAUUCCCCAUGCUAAUCCAUUUGUUAGAUUUUUUCAACCUCACAUCUAUUGCUCCUACAAAUUCUGUAAACAGUCAAUUCCCUCUAUCUAUAAAAGUGUUGAUCAUGAUGACCAAUUGGUUAAUAAUGAACAUGCUUAUGAUUAUCCUGCUGUGGCUGCAAAACCUCCAUAUUUAUGGAUUCCUGCUGAUCCAAUGGGUUUGUCUAAGCAUGAAAUUAAAAACUUUGAAGGAAUAGUCCCAAUAACUGAUGAAGGUGCUCAUUUUGAUGAAAAGGGAAAUAUAGUUUGGACAGGAAAACCUCCAGAAUAUCAUCCCACUGAAGAAUAUGAGUAUAACUUGAAGAAUUAAUCUUUAACAAAAAAAAGAUUUUUUUUUUUUUAUUUUGAUUUUCACUUAGAUGUAAUCAUUUGU